GAGAAGAACCGGGGUAGGCCUCGGCCUAGGUUUUAGGGGAAAGGGUUAUACACUCAAAGAAGAACUCCGUUCUAGGCAUAAAUAGAAUGGACACGGAAACUUUGAGACUGCACUAUUAUCUAGGCUGUAAUGGCAUUAUUCAGUUCGAUGCUGUUUGACUACACGUUGGGCUGCAUGCUGUAGCCAUUUGCCUAUCAAUACAAUGACGGGGAGAAAUUUUAGAACAAAGGUAGAAAAGGUUGUAGAAGCUCAGAUGGUGGUGAGGUGAUUUUCAGUCCUACAGAGAAAGACAAGGACACCACUUCAUUCACUGCUAUGGCCUGUGGGGAGGGAUGGACAUCAUAAAGGAGUAACGAUGAAAACUCGAACUCACAAAGAAUCGAUGCCAAUGCGCAGUGGGCGGAGGCGGGGGGGAAGCAACGAGGAGAGGAGGGGUAGACGCCCGCAUCCCAGCCCUUCUCGUGCAGAACGAAACGACAGGCAGACGCAAAGAGCUGCUGGUGAGGAAUUGGCUGUCAGUCGCUUCAAUCACAGAUCACAAGGCCAUGAUUCGUCAGAGAGUGAAGGGGAGGAACUUGUGCCUCCACCAAAGAGGCAGAAAGUCCAGGAUUCUUCCUCUGUCACCAACCCACCGACUUCAACUCAUUCAACUGACAGUACUCCCCCCACUAUACCGCCCCCACCCUCGGCUCCCAGACAGUCACGUGACAGUGACAACGAGGAUGGUCAAUCUCAGGGCAGCAGGAGCUCAGUUGUAGGGAGCUUGGCCAAUAGUCUGAGCAGUGGGCGGGACAUCGACCAGGACAAUCGAUCUUCCUCCCCAAGUCUCUCUGCCUCGCCUCCAGCCAGUUUAGACUCUGACUCUGAUGGUCCAGACUCACCAAAGCAAGGAGAGGGGGAACGGGAGAAAAGGAAAGAGGGAGGAGUGGGGAAGACAGGAGGAGAGGAAAGGAGAGCAGCCAGAGAGGGGAGAGGGGAUGAGUCUUGCGGGGAUGGAGAAAGGAAGGAUGGAGGAAUAGAGGACAGCCCUUCUCUGAAGCUGCCAUCCUCCUCCAUCUCUUCCUCUGCUCCUGUUCCCUCUCUCCGCGGAGCAGGGGAUUCAGCCAAUGACAGCAAUAGUGUCAGGAAGUCCUAUUUCUCACAGGACUCCAAGCUGGUGAGCAAGAUGGAGUAUGGACCGGCCAGCGCUGACACUGUGCACAGUGGCAAUCGAAUGAACUCCAAAGCUAAAGCUCAGUGCGUGACCAAGGCAACUGUCGCCGGGGGAGACUAUCCCCUCGGCAACCCCAACAUUCCACACCCCCCUCCACCACCCCUUCCUCCUCCACCAGCGCUGAAACCCUUAGAAUUAGGGGGGCAGAACCUGCCCUCAGAAGUCAAGGUAGAGAGAGAGAAAAUGGAGAAAGGUGAGAAACUGAUGGACAACAAGACGGCUCCUCCCUCUCUGUUACCCCAAACCAGCCCCUUACCCCCCUCCCAGCCCCCGCCCCACCCCCACCACUACAGCCCCACCGGAUGGCAGGGAGGCACCGCAACCGGUUGCCAGGGGAGCUGGGGCUACACCCGUUACUCUGGUAACCACCACACUCACCAGCCGCAGCACCAACCCCCAGUGCAGCAGCAGCAACUGCCAUCCGUCUACAACCCCCCUUCCUCCCGUCAUUCGUCCUCCUCCCACCCCCCUUACCUCCCCCACCCCCACAAGGAGUACCUCCCCAGGUACGCUUCCGGGGGAGGGGAAAGGGAGAGGGGGGCGGCCGGCGAGAGGGGGGGAGUGAGGGUGGAGUAUGGGGGGAGGGAGAUAGGAAACCCCUCAAGCUCGACCAGUGGGUUACCUGCAGCCCCCAUGCUAAACCGCGACCCCCUUCCUCACCCCAAAACAACCCCAGCCACCCUACCCUACCCCCACACCCACAUCCUCAAAGCGCCUCCAAACGAGACUACCCCCCAUCGAUGGACCAGGCACAGACAAGGCACAGUCCCCCCUCUGGACCAGAACACUUCCACAGAGAGUACCCUCCUGGGGCCAAGGACUAUCCCCCUGGUGGCCCACCCUCCACCGGCCCGGCCCGUGAGUACCCCAGUCCUCCUGGAAUGA